AUAUAUAUAUAUAUAUAUAUAUAAAAUGGUAGCAUUGUUUAAUUUACAGGAAUACAGCACCUUGAAACAACCAUUUAUUUUAUCAUAAAAAACAGUACAUUAUAUUCUAAAAAACAAACAGCGGUACUGUUUUUCCAUUUUGUAGUACUGCUGUAAUACAUCGUAAACACAAGCACCGUUUAUUACCGUAAAAAAACAACUGGUACCAUUUUUUUAAUUUACAGUAAUACACUGGAAAAACAACUGCAGAUUUCUAAAAAAAAACAAAAAAAAAACAGUUGUACCGUGUUUCCAUUUACAGUAAUACACCAUGAAAAAGUAACCAUACGUUUUAUCCCCCCCCCCCAAAAAAAAACAACAACACUAGUACAGUUUUUACAUUUACAGUAAAACACUGUAAAAAAAAUUAAAAAAAAUGAUGGUACCGUUUUCCAUUUACAGGAAUAUACCAUUGAUAAAAACAUAAGUUAAUGUAAACAGUGGUACCAUUUUUACAUUUACAGUACAGUAAUACAUCUUAACAACAACCAUAGAUUUUACCGUAAAAAAACAGUGGUGUUAUGUUUUCAUUUACAGUAAAACAAACACAAGAACUGUAAAUUUUACCUUUAAAAAAAAAAAAAAAAAAAAAAAAAAACUGGUACCAUUUUUUACAUUUAUUUGCAAUGAUACACCGUAAAAAAACAACUAUAGAUUUUACCGACAGAACCUGAUACUGUUUUUCCAUUUACUGUAAUAAGCUUGUGAAAACCAUUUCAGUAUACCUAAAAAAGUAAAUGCAUCAUGACAUCUUUCUACAUUUAUAUUCAUGCAUUAUUCAUGUCAACAAAUAUCCCUCUAAGGGCAGCCAUGACUGACAAUAAGUUUGACACCCCUGCUAGAGGGUCUUGAACCCCUUGUUGAAGACCUCUGCUCCAACUUAUUUUGUAGUCUAUUACAUUGUAACUAACUGUUAGCGAAUGGACGUCAUUAAAACCCCAACGUGCUCCCUCAUAAACCUGAUGAAUAUUGGAUAUGUAACGCAUGCACUUAAUUUCAGUCUGCACAUGGGUACGUACAAGAUAAUAACAAGUAACAGUACUGGUGAAUACAGUAAAGCACAGGUGUCAAACUUUAGGCCCGUGGGCCAGAUUAUUUUAAUGUGGGCCGCGAAUUCCUGAAAAUAAUAUACGUCAAUAAAGUACUUUAUAUCUUUUCUUACUAAAAGUAUUUUUUUACAUUUUGACAGAAUAAAAUACACAUAUUUUUCAACUUAAAUAUGAGACAAUAUUCAAACAAACAUUAUAUUAUCAUACUUUCCAAACCAUAUUUUUUUGUACUUUUUUUUUUUUAUAUCCGCCUGAUUUAUGAUUUCAAAGCUAUCAAUUCUUUUCACUGUAAAAAUGUCAAUAGACAUUAUGGUAAAAUGUUACGGUGGCCUUUACAUCAUAUUAGCAAAAUUCAGCUGCAAAUUUUUUACCGUAAUAUUUACGGUGUAUAACUAUAAAUUGAAAAACGUCACCACAUUUUUUUUUUUUGGUAUAAGACUGGCAGUUCAGUUGCCAGAAUGAAAAAAACAGUGUUACUGUUUUUUAAUUUGCAGUAAUAUGUUGUAAAAAAAAAUUAAAAAACACCGUAAAUGUUACAGCAAAAUUCUGGCGACUAAGCUGCCAGUUUCCAUAAAAAUGUGUUUUUUCCAUAUUUACAUAUGAUGUAAAAAAAACAAAAAAAACCGUAUAUUUUACAGUAAAAUUCUGGUACCUGAGUUGUCAGUUUUCGUACUGUGAAAUCUACAGCUUUUUUUUUAACGUAAAAAAUAUAAUAAAUCCAUGGUUUACCAUUUUGUGUGUGUGUGUGUCAUAUUACUGGAAAUAAUGAAAUGUUUAAAAUGCAUCUUUCCUUGACAUUGGUCCUUUCUGGAUUUAUUAUAAUCCAAAUGAUAAUUUUUAAUGGAUAUGAUCUUACCCUGAAGAUCCCUUUGGAACUCCAACAGUAUUAUUCUCAUAGUUAAAAUUGUUUGUUCAAAACAUAGUGCACUAAUGAAUUCAUGACGUCACCUGAGCUUUACCCAUCCUUCAUUAUUGCACAUAAUACCUAAUAAAAUAUAAACAUGCUGACAAAUGGUCGCGUAUGAUUAGGUGUUGUCCUUGAUUUGUAUAAUUGUUCCUCUUCACUCUUCAAAAAGCACAAACAAAGUAAAUGAUGUUGCUCUUCCAACCUGAAGUGUCAACUUUCCGUGUUUCAUUUAAACGCAGCGUGCUGCGUUCAAGGACAGCUGCUCGUGCACAGCUUAAUUGUUCUCCGAUUCAUUUGUCAUUUGCAUUCUAAACGUUUGGCUGCCACUUUUUCUGGAAGUCAGAAACAUGGAGGCAGGAUUUUGAUCAGUUUGUUAAGGGGCGACCAUGGACGUGGGAGCGUGUGGUUUGCGGUAUGAGCUGCUGGCGGAGCUGGGCGAGGGCGCCUAUGGCAAGGUGUACAAGGCCAGGGAGGUGGGCGAGGAAGGGCGCCUCCUGGCGGUGAAGAAGUUGAACAUCCGCGCAGACACCUGCGACGUCGGCAUCCCUCCCUUCAUGCUCCGAGAGGUGGCGCUGCUGCGCAAGAUGAAGUACUUCAACCACCCCAACGUGGUCGAACUGUUGGACGCGUCAGCCAUCAUGGAGGGCAGACACCUGGACCUCACUGUGGUGUUCGAGUACAUCGACCAAGACUUGGCUGCUUACCUGUCCAAAAACUCUGCUUCUGGACUUCCCAGGAACAACAUUAAGGAUGUGAUGCACCAGCUAAUGCAGGGUUUGGACUUCCUGGUAACCCACAUGGUUCUGCACCGCGAUCUGAAGCCAGAGAACAUCCUCAUCAGCAGCCGUGGAGAGGUCAAGAUCGCCGACUUCGGCCUGGCUCGCGUCUACAGCUUCAACGGGGCCCUCACGCCAGGUGUCGUCUCCUUGUGGUAUCGAGCUCCGGAGGUUCUGCUCAACUCGGUUUACAUGUUCUCCGUGGACGUGUGGAGCGCCGGCUGCAUCUUUGCUGAGCUCUUCCUGCUGAGACCGCUCUUCAAAGGUUUCAGUGAAAUGCAGCAGCUGAAAAAAAUCUUUGAGGUGAUUGGUUUGCCUGACGAGGAGGAGUGGCCCCAGGACAGUCCCGUGCCCUACUCGCCGUCCUGGGGGCCGAAAAGCCCGUCUCCCGAGCUGCUGCCCUCGCUGAGCCCCGACGAGUGCAACCUCCUUUUCGUGAGUUCCUUCCCCUGCAUGUCCGUCAAAACCAUCACGACGGUGCCAACAAAUGAAUUAAAGUCCGCAUUUGUCGACCCACAGAAAUGUUUGACUUUCACGCCCAGCAAACGCAUUUCAGCCGCCGAGGCCCUCACUCACUCUUUCUUCUCUAAGAACUGACACAGGCGACGCCUUCCACAGUCAGUCACACCUACACAAUCAAUGAGUGUCUUGUUCAAACAUCAUGAAAGGUUCCAAAAAUAUAUUAUAUUUUGUUAUUCACUCUUAAAAAAACACUGCCAGCACCUUAAAGUGGACACUUUUAUUUUAGAUAUAUUAUUUCCAUAACUAGCACUUGAUUUUGUGAAGAUUAUGGCUUCAAUACUGCUAGUUUUUUUUAUUUGCCUGGAAGAGUUGUCCAAUAUUUCGACAUUACCGUGUUAUCUAUUUUGUUAUGGAGUGUUUAAAAACACAGUAUUUGCACCUUAACACAUAUUCUACUUGCACAGUCUUUAUAUUGCGAGGAAGGUGGAUUUACGGUGUGCUCACUGUCAGCAAUGUUUGUGUGGAUAUUUUUCUACUGAUGUUCCACUGUUGACCAUGAGUCUUGCAUUUUAUUGCAAACUGUUUAUGGCGCGAUUCAUUAAAGCCGUUUCAUGGCUGA